CUUGAUUUUACCGGAGCGAAUCGUUGGGCAAUUACCUUAGCUCGAUGGUAGGGAGUCGAACUCCUUUAUAAGCCUUGCAUGUAGACGUUCCUCGUACACUUCACUGAACUGGUCUUCUCAAGUCUGCAAUCAUGUUCAAGUUUAUUACUCUAUCUUGCCUGUUGGCCGUCAGUGUUCAGGGCAAGAUCUCACCAAAUCAGGCUGUGCCAUACUACCCUCAACCGUACCCGGCAUCAUAUCCUAAUGUCUAUCCCCAAGUUUACUCUGCACAACCGAAAUACAAUGUGCAGCCCGCCUAUGUAGCAGCCGCUUCAUAUCCAGCUGUCGCAUAUCCAGCUGCCGCAUACCCAGCUGCCCCUGGAAGCUACCGACAAGUCUUCGUACCAGCUAGUCCUGCCUACAAUCCUUAUUAUUACGGAUACGCUCCUUACCCAGCCUAUGCUCAAGCCCAGCAGUACCCAUAUGCAUACGUUCAAAAUGACGGAGCUGAAGGUGGAUCUGGAGCUGGAUCUGGAGCUGCAGCUGGAGCUCAGGGCUGGGCAGAAUACUUAUCAAACAGUUUCUGGAGCUACGUACCAACUUACGGUACCCAAACGACUUCGGGAGCAGAAGAAUCCGCGACGGCUGCAAAUCCUGAAACUCCAACAUCCGCCGAAGGUCCGACAAAGGGUGACAAACCUGCAGCUACACAAGAAGGACCCAAAUCAGGAGAAGUCGCUAGCGACGAACAACCUUCUCAAUCGCCGUCCAAACAAUUUGCUGCUUAUCCUCUACCGUACUUCGGUCAACCACAAUUUUACGGACAAGCACCUUAUCAACAAGCAGUCUACGACCCAGCAAAGUUAAACGCAGCGAAUAAUGGCGCAGUUUCCAGUUUCCUUUUCCCCAAAAAUAUUCAAUCUGCAGUGUUCCAACAGACACCACAACCGUUUGCUGAUCAAAAAUACUACCAGGCCCCACAGGCCAACCAAGGUACCGCAGCACAAGCUUACCAGCGAUACUUACAGUCCCAGAAACCACACUUACAGGGACAAUACCAACAAGGACAAUUCCAACAAGGACAAUUCCAGAAUCAACAUCAAGAUCAACCAUUCCAACAACAACCGGAGCAAUUCCAACAACAACCGGAACAAUUCCAACAAUACAACCAACAACCCCAGAAAGACGAAUCCUCCGUUGUCGUAGAUUCCAAUGUCACCGGACUCCAAGUCAAUGCCGAAAGCCAACAGCAACCACAAUCUAAAGUAGCCACAGGUUCGAACUAAUUUGGAGCUAUGACCCGACUGAAUUUAUUUUAUACAAUUUUCCAAUUCAAAAUAUAAUUUUAUAAUUUUAUUUUAUAUAAUAAAUGUUGUUUGAAUCCAAUAUGAAUAUAAUAGUAACAUGAGCCAGUUUGAUGCGCAUAUUACUAUUAUUAUAUAGAAGCUGAGUUAAAAUACGAAUUUAUUGUCAAAUAAUACAUAUUUCGAAAAUAUCCUUGUAUUUUAAAACUACUUUUUUUCAAUGUGAAAUACAAAAUUAUUGGUUUAUAAAAAAAA